AUGGUUCAGCAUUGGGCAGAUUUAAUAAGGCAGUGGGUAGAACGAAGGCGAGUAGCGGACCAGGACCGAUUAAGUAGGAGCAUAUGGAACGACAUACAAGUCGUAUUGAAUGAGUUUGUGGAUUUUAUACAGAACGAAGAGUACGAAAAGAUGUUGACUUCAUCAUGUGACGAAACUGAAUAUGGUCACCGGGUACGGGUACCAUGGAAGAGCCCAGAGAAAGCAAUGUGCAGACUCAUGCUGCUUGCGCUAUAUUUCAAGAAUGAUUGGACACAAGGUUUAGGCAAAGCAGGGGCGGAUUGGGGUGAGGAGGGAGAGUUAAAGAAGUUUAUAAGGUGUGUCAUAGUGAGUAUUUAUAUGUACAUGCUAAUAGAAGCGAACUGUCAGAACAAGAACGGUGUAGAGUAUGCAUUAUAUGUAAUGGGUCAGAUGGAAGACAGUAUGAAAGAUUCGGGGGUGGAAAUCAAUAUAUGUAAGUGGGCGGACCAUAAGGGUACUGGAAUUGGAGGAGUGAAGGUGCAUGAUGCGAUCACGAAUUGGUUCCACGGAAAUGAACAAAUGAUGGAGAAAAUACGAGAAAUAGAAGACAGAGCAGAGUGCAAGGCCGCAAGACGAGGCCAAAAGCAAAUUAAUAAGGAAGAAGAUGUGCAAAAGAUAAAGGAAGGAAUUAAGGCAAAAUUGGGAGCACUGGAGAAAGAAGUUAAACAAAAGAAGCUGGAAGAGGAGAAAAAAAUAGCAGGGGAAUCGGCAGCAAAGCCCUCCGAUGCACAGUCCACAACCGACCAAAAACCCGCCCAGGAUCCUGCAGCACAUCCAGCGGCUGCAGCAUCGCCGGAAACCACAACAUCAAAGGACACGUCAGGUAAAUCAAGUGCAGGACCCGAACUCGGGGAUCCCGCACGAGGCAGGUCAUUGCCGCCAUCGCAACCACAAGCACCGGCAUCUCCAGAAUUACCAGCAGGACCACCACCACCACCUCCUCCACCACCAGGACCCCCUCCACCAUCAGAUCCGUCUCCUACAGCACCAUCCCCAGGGGGAGGAGGAGCAGGCGCAGGAGCAGAGAGAGAGAGGACGAGCACGGAGUCCAAGGAUAAAGUAAAGGGUAAGGCCAAAGGAGAGAAUAUAAGUAAGGAGGGUUCCCCGGAACAUACUCCAGGAAAUGUACGAAAGUGUGAAGACCUGGAAAAUGCGGAUCCAGAAGAAAUUGUUAAGUGCUUGGAGCGGGAACUCAAGAAUACGGACAACGUGAACAAGAAGGACGAGGUCGACGAACUCAUUGGGAGGGGUCCCAUGGGUCUCCCCGGUGCUGCGCGCUCCAUAGAAAUAUCCAUAGGCAUGUCGCAUACUACUCCUACAGUACCCAUAGGUACGCAUAAUGAACAGUCAGAAAAGGACGCGACGGAAACAAAAAAAAAAAGAAACAACAACUUUUCCGGCGACAGCGGCAGACACCACACGGAGUCAGGGCGAGACCACACGGAGCGAGAGCCAGAGAGAGAAACCAAACGUCGAAUGAGCGAGAGCGAUCGGCCGAGAAACGGGUCCGUCGCGGGAUGCAGCUUUACCUCUAUAUUCUUCCCCUUGCUUCUAUGUUCAGAUGACAAGACUGACGCGAAGGUUGUGGAAGCUGGUAAGGAUAAGUCAGCGGAAGGGGAAGGUGCGCAGCCUUCUCCAGCGGGCAGUUCAGUCGCUGCUGGAACGGAGGUGAAGCCGGGCGCAGAAACUAAGAGUGAAGAUGGGAGCCCAAGUACCACUCAGGAUUCGGCACCGCGUACAGUAAUAACCAAUACACCGGAAGACCCCACGAAUGUUGAUACGGGGCAACCAUCUUCCCUGGGUGAACAUCCAGGAACAGGUCAACCCAGUUCAUCAGAUCCCGUGGUUCCCACCAGUCCAACUGGUCAAGCGGAUUCAGUUCCCUCCACCGGGGAAACACAUCCAGCGGGGCAACCUGCUGCACCUGAGAAGGAUGGAAAAGCGGACGGUGCGGAUGCCAGCAGUGCCAUCGUAGAUGGCGGCGGUAACGAUGACCCCCCUCCUCUCAAUCCACCCAAACCAAAACCGAACCCGAACCCAAAUCAAUCGGGGAGCAGCAGCCCCAGCGGCAGCGGCGCACCGGCCGCAGGAGGUGCUGGAGGUGGUGUGUCUGGUGAGGCAGGAAAAGGCGGUGCUGGAGCUGUUGGUGGUACGGGUGGUAGUAGUGGUGGUGGAGGCGGGGGGGGAAGUGGAAGCAACUUAUCCUCUGGUUCAGAAACCUCAACUCCAGCUCAAGGACCAGAACUAUCAACCACAACAACAGUAACGCAGACACCAUCAUCAGAAACCUUAUCACCAACAUCACCACAAUCACCAGUGCAGCCAUCACCCCCCAAGGCGGGGGAAGAUGCUGUAGCUCACUUUGUUCCCCCUCCAUCGACACCAUUCGACCCCAAGAAUCUCAUCCCCUAUACCCCCGCGAUCAUUCCCGCGGUGGUUGGCAUCGGGAUCAUUGCGUUCUUCCUAUGGAAGUAUUUUGCCUACCUCGGACAAAGACGACGACGAACAUAUCGAACUAUACGUGACGUGCCGUCACCGCCACUCGACGAAGACAUACUAGACCAUUUGCAACGCGGCGAACGCCCGCCACCCGAUUUCGGGUACACCUUGGUUAGGGAUAGGCAGCCCCGCAGAUUGCCCGCCGCCCGACGACGACGUCAACCACGCGUGCAUAAGCGCACGAUCAUCGAACUACAUCUAGAAGUGCUCAACGAAUGUGAAGCGACCGUGUGGGAAAACGUCAAAGACGACUAUUGGAAGAUUGUAGUGGAGGAGUUUGCGCAGGAUUUGAUGCGGGACGGAAAGGGGCAUAGUAGUUCCUUGGAUGCUCCUAGCACAAACCAGGAUCCUACGCCCGACAUCACACAACACGCAGUUACAGGCGCCACAGUCACAGACAGACCCACACGUGACGCAGACACGCACAUACCCACAAGUGACACAGUCACAGACAGACCCACAUGUGAUCAUCCGCAGCCCGGCAUCACAGACAUACCCACGCACGACACAGUCACGCACAUACCCACAUGUGAGGAUCCUAAGCCCGCAAUCACACAACACACACUCACAAGCGACACUGUCACAGACACACCCACAUGUGCGGAUCCUAAGCCCGAAAUCACACAACACACACUCACUAGCGACACCGUCACAGACAUACCCACAUGUGAGGAUCCUAAGCCCGACAUCACACAACCACCAGGCUCCGGUAACGCAGUCACAGACACACCCACAUGUGACACCGUCACGCACAUACCCACGCACGACAUAGUCCCGGACAUACCCACAUGUGAGGAUCCUAAGCCCGAAAUCACAGACAUACCCACACGUGAAGCAGUCACCGACACCGCCACAUGUGAUGCUACUACACCCAGAAUACCUGAGCACGUAGUUACAGGCGCCACAGUCACGGACACACCCACAUGUGAUCAUCCUCAGCCCGACAUCACACACCAGUUAGUCACAGACGACACAGUCACAGACACACCCCCACAUGAACCUCCAAAGCCCGCAAUCAUACAUCAACGCAGCAACGCCCCAGUCACAGACACACCCACAUGUGAGGAUCCUAAGCCCGAAAUCACAGACAUACCCACAUUCAUUGAACACUGCCACCAUGAGUCACAGUUGCAACACCAAGAGCAGUAUUUAGAUAAUUUACUUGAUCACAUGUGA